AUGAACUUCCAUUAUGGAAUUUGUCGAUUUGGCCCCACAAAUCCUAGAGCUUAUGAUGCCCACAAGAAGACAUCUACCGAAUGCGAAGUAUGCAAGACGGAUUCUUGUAUUGAAGACAUGCACUUCGGCAACAGGUUUGCCCUCAUCAUCACAGAAUGGGGUGGUCUUGGCUGCGAUUUUGGCAUGACAGACCCAUUGUGGACAAGCCAUGCCUGUCAUGGAGGUCUUGACAAGAUCAACACCGAUAAGUCCCCGCAUGUGCUUUGA